GCUGGAAAGAGCCACCGUCAAGCUUUAUCAUGUUUAUAUUGCUCCUGCAGGAGGCAUUCCGCUGCCGAGGUAUGCCGCGUACGGCGCGUCGAAAGCAGCUCUGUCCAUGUUUUCUGGAGUAAUGAGGCAAGAGCUCUCCAAAUGGGGAAUUAAAGUUGCUGCAAUUCAUCCGUCGGGCUUCCGAACAGGUAUACAAGGCACACCUGACCUGUGGGAUAAGCAAGAAAAGGAGCUGAUGGAGAACCUUUCGGCAGACACAAGGCAAGACUACGGUGAGGACUAUCUCCUGGGGCUGAAGAGCUACCUCCUGCACAUGCCAGCGUAUUGCGACGCCGACCUCUCCCCCGUGCUGGGCGCUAUCCUGCACGCUCUGCUGGCCAAGAGACCAUGCGGCUUGUACACCCCCGGCAAAGGGGCUUAUGUGCCCCUCUGCGUCUUCUGCUACUUUCCUCUCUGGUUCUAUGACUUUUUCAUUAGUAAGAUGCUGAGUCUGUCCCAGGGGCGCUGA